AUGAGGUUAACUAUUGACAGUCAAGCUUCUGAAAUCGAACAGACAAGGGUUUUUGCAAACUGGCUUUUGGAUUUAGGAGAAGGCAAGGUUGGUAGUGUGAAUGAUGGUGAGUCAAUUAUUGAUAUACCUGAUGAUCUUCUCAUUAUCGAUUCAACGGAUCCUACAUCUACAUUAAUUGAAUUUGUCAAUCCUUCGAUUCUUGUAAAUAUCAAGAAUUCAUCCUACUUUCAGGAAAGAGCAAUACUUGCACCAAAGCAUGAAGUCAUUCAAGAAAUAAACGAACGUUUGUUAUCAUUGUUUCCAGGAGAUGAAAAGGAGUACCUAAGUUCAUAUAGCUUACGUGAAUCAGAGCAGCAACUUCACGACCAGUUUGAUAGAACUUUGUACUCACCUCAUGUCUAA